CCCUUUUUAUUCAUUCAAGUCUAAACAAAUUCACCUUAUCCUAGACUGGCUAAGUUGGUGAUUGGGCGGACGCGCGUUGAACUGGCGUCAUGUCCGCCAAGAAGGAGCCGUCCGGCCGACAAGACUUGGAUGAGAUGGAGAGAAGUUACUGGGAAACGACGAAGUAUAAUAGAGAACGAGAAGACGCAUUGCGCAAUCGCGACUACGCCGUUCAUCAAGACAACCUAAGGACUAGUCUCGUCCAGCUGUACGAUACACGGACACGUCUUCAACACGAGCUCCUUAUUCUGACGGAUAAGAUCCAACAACACGAAAAGCAACAGGAGCAACUGGCGCACGAGUUUGAGGAAAGCGAGCUGCAUCUUAAGGAGAAGCGGCAAAAGGAUGACCGAGCGCAAGAAGAGUGGUUUUUACGCGCACGCGAGGAUGUCGCAUCUAAAGAAAAUGCGAGGCCGAAAAGCAGCGGCGGAAACCGCCGGCAAUCUAACCGUGAUGUGCCAUCGCAGACGAACGGUGCAGGGUGGACAAGUAUUAACGGUACGCGACGGCGUGGUCGGCGAGAGGAGGAGGAAGAACCCCCCGCGGACCCGGGCAACCUGCUCAGCAGCAUAUACCACAACCCUGUAGACGAAGGAGAGUCCAUGAAUGGUAGGGUUAUGCCUUUGCGAAACGGUGGUGGUAACCGUGUCCGACCCGGUCCUAUUUCCAAUGGUGUGCCUUCAAACGGCGUGCCCAAUGAUGUGGAUGUGAACGCUGCAGAGGGUUACCCAACGGGUCGUACCAAAGACAGGCCUCUCAAACCUAAGCAGCGACAUAGCUUACCGAGUUUCCCGGCGGCCGCCCGUUCGCCCAACGGGAAACCACCUGGAUCGGAAUCGUCUGGCGAGACUAAGGCUAAGUCGCCUUCUGGUCGAAAAUCCUUACCCAGUGCCAAGGGCUCCCUACCUCCAGCGGAUCGCUCGACGCCAGCAGCCACCGAUGCUCGAGAAAUCACACGUGAGAGGUUAGCCAUCAAGGAUGAUGGCAAAGUUGUAACCGAACCACCGAUGUUUGCCGGGAUCCCUCUCGAGCGGAUUGACAUGAACCACCCCUACUGGGACCCCGAGUGGGAAUCGUUGGAUGGGAUUAUCCAGCCCCAGUUAGACAAGUGGAAGGAGAAGCUAGAGCAGCUCAAGCAAACGCCAGAUGCUAUACGUCACACCAUUUUUCUCGCCAAUCGCCAGGUCAAUAGAGGCCAGGCCGUCGUCGACUUCCUCAGAAACGAACAAUGGCAUCCGUACCAGUUUGUGGGCAAGGAAAUGAUGAAUAAGUUUUACAAGACCUUCAUCAACUACGACACCAUGUUCCGAUUAGUUAACGUACAUGAGGAGCUAAAGAAGUUCGAUCUUGACAUGACACCCCUUGAAUGGCUUCGUCAGCGCAUGUGCGACAUCUCUGAGGCCCAAGGGGAUAAAUUUAACCUCUCGAGGACCACCCACGACUUGUAUCACGACGCCAACUUGAAACUUCUCCGAGAAAAGCAUGGCUUUGGUAAUAUAGGAAGACCUUCCGGAUAUAAGCUGAAUGAGAAGAAUCCGGAAAAGGCAGCGGCUAGGAAGAUGAAGCAGGAAUCGGGUUCGGUUCGACGUAAAGGUCGGCGAUCAAUCGGCCAAGUUGAUCCUGACGAUGCGCCAAAUGUGGAAGACGUGCAGAAGACGGGGCUCGACCAGCCGCAAGCCGAAUACUUGGAGCCUGUGACACCACGUAUGCAGAAGCGACAGCGUAUAGAGCCCGCAUCCGCACCCGCGCCCGCGCCUGCGCCUGCGCCUGUACCCGCACCCCCUAAGCAGGAACCCGAAGAGGACGACCUUGAUUACAGCGGCUGGACGUCGACUGACUCUUUCUCCGCCGGGCGAAUAAUGCACCUCGACUGGAGAGUGUAUCAAAUCAAGACUCGAGCGCUGACUACCAGCACGGAAGUGACACAAUACUGGACUUGGAAACAGGACAAGGGCAUAUUCGAGCACCAAGUGUUAAGAGACGUACAUCCCAAGGUUACCUGGGGCUUCUACCAGAAACCGAUCAAUUUCGACUUGUCGCUAGAGGAGAUAAAGGAAAUUCAGUAUGGAUCGGACACCCAGAAGAUUUUGGUAGAUAUCAAGGACGAGAAGCGUGGUAAUGUUCUUGCCUACUUCAAGCGGGAGCGUACCAAGAAGCGGUUCCUCGCCUUCGCGAAGAAGAAGGGUAUUAAGCUCGUGAAGAGUACCCGUUUCCAGAUUGAGGAGUUAUGGGACACUAUGGAGUCCAAGACACUCCCCAACGAAGAUUCGGACACGUGAACUCGUACCUUCGAUAUCACCACGUUUAUUCUCGACUUAGCUUUUUCUAUAUUUAGACUUGAGAUUACGACACCCCGCGGACGUCGAGGGUCUCCGUUUAUCGUGGGGGGAUUUAAUAAAAGGAGUGCCGCAAGGAACCAGGAGGCUUUUCACAUCACGCAUUUUUACUUUCUA